CUCAAUCAGUCAGUUAGUCAAUCGGUUAAUAAACCACACAGCAUCAGUAAGGUCCACCCCGCGCAAGACACCUCCCACUUUCUAUGUUGCGCCAUGUAAACAAACCGACCUCGUUCUUGCUCCUCCGUUGCUAUUUCUUGAGUCGUCUGCCUCUUGGCUUGUGUGGGGACUGGGAGACCCUCUUUUCCAGAUACCAGCACUCGUAGAGUCAUUAUGCCUGAGGGUCCAUCAUUGGAUAUGGUGGGUGAGAGCAGCAGUGGGCAGCCAACCCUGCACCGCUGCGACAACCCGUGGAAACCGAAUGGCCAGCAUGGCCAGUCUGAGGUGUACCGAAGGAUGCUUGGCAUUCUGAAUCGAGUGACUCAGCAAUCGCUUGGCAUCUUUCUGGAGCAGGCCCGUGAAUUACCUCUCUCAGAUCCCACACAUUUGCCUGACAUCCUCAGCCUCCUUCUAGAAAAGUCCCAAGAUGAACCCAUGUUUGCACCAAUCUAUGCUCGCCUGUGCCGCGACCUGGCAGCAAGCACUGGAAUACAGCGGGAUCUCAUAACAGCCUGCAAGGACCACUUCAUGGAGAACUAUCAACAGCUGCUUCAUUAUAAUCACAUUUUUGAGGGACCGAUAUCAUCUCAGAUUAUACAUGAAGAAAUUUUGGCAAGGAAAAGAUUUGUUGGUCAUCUGAAGUUUAUAAGUGAGCUGCACAAGGUUGGUGUUGUGCCAGGUGACCAAGUGGCAGCCAUGGCCGAGACUUUCCUGGAGCAUGGUGACGACCGCUCCUUUGAAGGCCUCUGUCGUCUGCUCUCAUUCUCAGGACUCAGCCUCAGUCGUUCCCAUGAGGAGUUGGUGAACAGGUGCUGCAGUUAUCUUGAAGCAUGCCUGGCAGGUGGUAGCUUAAACCCACGACUGCGUUUCCUUGCCCAGGAUAUUCUUCAUCUUCGCAAUAAUGGAUGGAGACUUCAGGAAGGAAAUAGAAUUCUUCCACCACCAGGUAGAAAUGUACGGGGAUAGUUUUUCGUUGCAUAUUAAAAGUUUUUAGCUGUUACCUUUGAUUGUGUUUAAUCUUGAAAUGUAAGAUAUUCAUCAUCAUGCUUAGUGUGUCAGUCACCUUUCAUAUGUGUAUAAUAAAAGGAUAACUACAGCAUUUAAUGUAAUAUUUGCUAUGGUUAUGUUACUCAUUACAUUCUCACACAAACCACGGUUGACACUUCUUACUCAGUGAUAUAGAAGACCUUCUGGUUUUGAUAUUGUAAGAUUGUUGAAUGUCACCACAAAUACUGCAUCCUUUCAUAGUGUAGUUAGAAGUGUGCUCAUAAAGAAACAUAGAGGUGAUCUUAUCCAUGACAAAUUAUACAGAAGCACACAUUUAUGCCAGAUAAAUAACACUUUAACUAAAUUGUAUUUAUUCUUCCAUUUUGUUAUACUUUAGAACUUAAUGAUCCAGAACUAACCUUAUUAAAAAGUACUCUUUUUUUUUAUUCAUUUAUUUAUUUUAUCACAUUGAUCACAGACAUCAUUAUUAGCGGUCUUAUAUGUGUCAUUAUGAUAGAGUUUUACAGAAUGAUAACUGGACCCCUUUCGUAACCUCCAAUAUCCCAGCAGCCUGCCUCUCUGUGAACUAAAACAUAAGGUCAUCAGUAUUAUACUUCUGUUGUAUAUCUAAAGAAUGAUUCUUUCAGGCAUGUGACUUGUUUCUAGUACAGUUAAUGGUGGCAAGAAGUGAAAAGAAAUUCUGAUCACAAUUCCUUCCUGCCCCAGAGGUGGUGUUUAAGAUGUAUAUCAAUUGCAGUAUAUUUUUAUAUGUUUAUAUGUUAUUAUAUCACUUUUUUGUUGGGGAAGUCAUAUUCAGAAUCAAUUUAUUGCACAUACUUUUUUAUCAUUAUUACAGUGUUAAAAUAAAAUUUUUGAUCAUGUAAACAUUAGAAAUCUUGAUAGUUUACAAGAUAUGAAUGUAAAGAUAGAGUAGUUUUUUUUCUGGUGAAAAAAAGAAACAUACAAACACAGACAUCGAAAACAAAAAUUGUCAUUUCAAAAAUCUGAUUUUCUUAUUCUACAUACACUUAAGUCUGUAGAGUAAGAAAUUGGAAUAAAUGUAACAAAAUUUAAAUAUAGCAGGUAAUGAUGAAUCAUCAUCUUAACCCUUUGACUGCCACUUGGUACACCUUUCCCUAAUUACUCAUCACACAGCCACUUCCAAUCCUUGAAUUGGGAAGUUGCAAAAUGUAGUCUUUUUCAUUGCUAACUUUCUUGUAGAUGCUUAUAAAAACAUAAGACAUUGCUUCUGGUGUAAUAAUUGUUUUCGUAUUGCAGUGAAAGGGUUAAACAGUAACAUCACUGAAAUUUUUAAAAGAUAAAGCAAAAUCACCUCUAAAACAAUUAAUAUAAGAACAUCAUAUGACAACGCCAUACAGCUGAUGCAUGGUGAGAUUAAAUGCAGCAAGGGGCUUUCUGGCAUACAGAUCAAGGCAAAUUAUUUCCCAGGACUUAUUCAGAAAAUGCAAAGUUUCAUCCCAAACCAUUUCUUAGUCUGACUUUUCUCCUUAAGUAGAUCACACCAGCACAUCUUCAUUCAUGAAGGAAUUUUUUGCAGAGAAAACAAAAUGUAAUGUGCUUAAUAUCAUUUUUUUUUCUUUUAUGAAUGCAGUAAAGUUCUCCAGACAAAGACUUGACACAUCUUCAUAUCAUACAGUCAUGUAACUUCCAGUGUGUGGCAUCAUGUGAGGAGAUGUUGCCUGUUGCACACAUAAGUGAUAAGUAUGACAGGAAGUAUGUACAUUACAUACAUCUGCCUCUUUCAUCACAUUAAUCUUUGUGUAUAUAUAUAUAUAUAUAUAUAUAUAUAUAUAUAUAUAUAUAUAUAUAUAUAUAUAUAUAUAUAUAUAUAUAUAUAUAUAUAUAUAUAUAUAUAUAUAUAUAUAAUAGAUAUUUCCAGUAUAAUAGGGAUCCCAUGCUGUCUAACAUGGCCUUUCAACUUGAACCCUUACUGUAGAAGCUGUAGGUGAUUGGACAGCUGUUGAGUGUACAUGUGUAUAGAGUAUUUGUUGAAAGUACGAGUACAACUAAAAAUUGCAUUCAUGAAAUUUCAAGGUAUGUGACAUUCUUCCUUUCAGUAAUUUCUUUAAUAUUACAUUACUGGAAAUUUUAAUGUGUUGCUAGCAACAUUAAAUCAGAGCUUGUCUCAUGGUGUGGGAUGGAACAUUAAAAUAGCAUUGCUACCUCACCCGUAGCUGCCUUAGAUGUAUCCACAUGGAUAAAAGUUGUGUCAAAUGGGAAUUUCAAGCAUUAAAAUGUAAAGAUUUGACUUCAAAUGUUUCAGUUUGUCACCUGUGUGGUUUACAAAUUAGGAAUUAUGAGAAUCCCAUCUGCACCUGUUAAUUUUUUUUCUUCAAGUUUCUAAUGACUUGUAUUACUUUCUCCCUUUUGGUUUUCCUCCCAACACUAUCCUUUAUUCCCAGACAUGUCAUAACCUUCACUCAUAUAUUUUUCAGAUACUUAUUAAAUGUUCAGGUUAAUUCAUCUAUCUUCCAUUGGUAGCAGCUUUCUUUUGAAACUUAUUUACUUACUUUUUUAUUUUAUUUUUUGUUUUUUUACCUGUCUUCCUAAUACAUAAAAAAAAGUGCCAGUCCUUCUUUUGGUUUGUUCUCAACUUCAUUCAGUGUGGCCCUAUAGAAUAUUUCUCAUUCAUUUUACUCUGCUCUAUACUCAAUUUUAUUCUUUUACAUUCUGUAAUAUAAAUUUAUUUUUUCUUAUUUGUAUUUUUUUUCAUUGUUUUCUUGUUUACAUCUCUUUCCUCAUUGCUUCCUUGACCUCAUGCAUGCACCUCACAUUUUUUGUUUCACAUUUUUGUAUUAAUUUUACCACUUUGUACCACUGAAGUCCUUCUCUCAUAUUCAGUUAUAUGAAUAUCAGAAAAAAAUCUUGCUCUCCUCUUUGAUUCCUCUUCUAUUCUUUCAGUCCCAAAUUUCCCUUUUAUUCUUUUUCUAAACUUCCAUCUGUCACUCGUUUUCAUUUUGACCAAAAUGAUAUUAUAUUUGGAUUUAUCAUUUUUAUAAAAAAGAAAAGAAAUUUCAGCCAAAGCAGCAGCUAUUGAAACAGGACUCUGCUUGUUGUAAUGUUCACCUCACCACCCACCGAAUAGCUAUUUGUGUUACAAAUAUGUAUCUACUGGUAUAGAUAUUGAAUAUUUAUUGAAAAACAUUUAAUCAUGAAAUUUUGACUAAGUUUCCUAGACUGCAAAGAAAAGCAUAUUUCUUAAAUAUCAUUAUGCACCUACACUCUUGAAAAAAAAAAUGCCUCACUACAUCAUGGAAAAUUGUUGAUUUUGAAACAGUAAAAUGGAGGUUUUAGCUUUGGCUGCACUUGGAUCUUAAAAUUCCAGAUUCUGCUCAGAUGUAUAAUACAUAGAACUAGGUACUUAUACAGUUGAAGUAUAACAAUGUAAUAUAGAAGGUAUGAAGUGUUGUAAAAAAAAAAAAAGGACUGACAUAUAUCCUACUCCAUGUUGUCUCUUUUAGCAUCUUCCUCUUCUGUGGUUGUGUAUUGAUAAAAGUCAUGCUGCAAUGUCUGGAACCAUUUCUUGAAUUAUUUUUUUCA